AUGCUGGCUCUUCGCGACCAGGAAAACCUGGUAAACACACAUCAGACUGCCGCGGCAGCUAAGCCCUUGAACCAAGGCAAGCAGCUAGCACCCAAGACACCCGGCAAGCCACGAAACGACGAGAACAACCCGUUGGCAUUCGGAAAUCGCACCGUCAAGGGCAAUGGGAAUCGCCAGGAAAAUGGAAAACCGGUCAACAACGCGUUUAUGACUCCGAUGGUGAAGGAUCGCGCUCCUCUGGGUAUGAAGACGACCAAUCUUAAAGCCAACAACCUUCAGACGCCUGCGCCCUUUGGAGGAACCACCAAGCAACCGAAGACAAACCGCCGACAGUCGACUGCCCAAAAGAUCAGAAAAGCUGCCCCAGUGACACAGCAAGCUCAAACCAAAGUCCACAUUGACGCUGCAGAUGAUGUGCCGGAUAUUGAAUACAUGCCGCCGAAGCCUAGAGAUCUUCCGGACCUUCCAGACGAUGUGACGUAUGACACCACAUUUCCCCAAUUCCGACCGAAGAAUCGAGCGCUUGGUUUGGAGAGUGUUUACGGAAAGCAACAACGAAAGUUCAAGGAGGAUUCGGAGGCGUGCGAUAGGAUGGUGGAUGAUAUGAUCAUGAAACAACUCGAGGACAUUGGUUUUGAGAGCUCUGGUGAGAGCGAGUCCGCAAAAGCACUCCAGCCAGAUGCCAUCCCCCAAAGAGACCUACAUCCACCGCACGACACACUCGCACCAACUGCUGCACCCCGAGUGGCUCCAACCCCAAAGCCACGGGUGGCGUCGUUGGCAUCGUCACUGGUUAUGCCCAAGAGGAACGCCAGGGUCCCGUCUAACCCCUCUUCAAUGCGCAAUACUGCUGCUUCUGUCAACUCUCGGACGACCGUCGGAUAUUCCAAGGGACGCAGUGUGUCAUCCACCCUGCGGGAGAAAAAUUCCCAGAUGCAGAGGCCCUUGAGCUCUCAGGUCCUGUCUCCCGAAACUUAUAUGCAGCUCCCGGACGAGAGCACCCAGGAACCGGAAGAACCACUGCCCACGUUUGACGAAGAUGAUGAGGCCCAGAGCUUCCAGCUCACUCUGUAG